AUGGCGGAAAGACUGGCAUCGCUCGAGGUACACACCAAGACGCAGCACAUCCCACGACACCCAUACAUAUCGUGUGUGUGUGAUGCAGGCUCUGACGUGGGAGUCUCGUGCGCGGGAUCGCAUGUCGGAGGCGCACAUGAUGAGGAGGCUGUGUGAGGACAUGCAGCGAGAGAUGGAGGCCAUGGGCUUCACUGAGGAGGAGAAGGACGCAAUGAUAGAAGAGCUAGUCAAGAACAGGGCCAAGUUCAGGGGACUCGAGUGAGUCCAAGAGGAAGGGGAUCAAAGAAGGGGCUUUGAUGGGAUAGAUGGAGCACAUGGAUGGGCGUUUGUUGUCUUUCGUCUUUAUUUCUCACGUGCCUGCAGGACGCAGCUGAGGAUGGAGAACAUCAGAAUGCCGUCGAAGCGAAAGGUCAUCGGGUGAGUGAAUGGCAGACAGACACACGAGCAGUUAUGUAUGCCGCAGAGAGGCCCUUCCUUUGUGACAUGCCUGAUGUGUAUUGUCCCUCCCUCCCUCCUUCGUCGCUGCUGCCGUGCUACAGUCAGGGAGCGUAUGGGAUAGUGUACUUGUUGCCGGAGAGCCAGUGGGGCGUGGUGGUCCUCAAGGCCAUGAUGAAGACAGAACUCAUACGCAAAAACGUACGGACGGACCGACGGACGUACACACAGACAGAUGGAUGGAUGGAUGGACACAAUAGACGCAUGAUGGUUGGAUGGAUUGUCUGUCUGUCUGUCUGUCUGUCUGUCUGUCUGAAUCGGUUUUCCUUCUGGAUCAGAGUGUGGAUAAGGUGCUGACUGAGAGGUCCGCCAUGACCAAGGCCGUCGACUCGCCAUGGAUCGCACACCUAUACCACUCAUUCCAGGCAGGGCAGGCGCACAGCACACGAUGACCCAUACAUAUCCUUCCUUGUCUGCAUCUACCCCCUGUCCAACCACCUGUGGUAUGGUGUGGUGUGGUGUGCCGUCGUUCGUUCCAGAAGGAGGAUUUGCUGCUGAUGGUGAUGGAGUUUGUGCAGGGCGGUGACCUGAUGGAGCACCUCAUCCAGCGACAGAUCUUCUCCGAGCAAGAGACCAGGUUCUAUAUCGCAGAACUGGUCGAGGCGCUCGACUACGUCCACACGAAGCUGGGCUUCAUCCACAGGGGUGCGUGAGCAACGCGCACACACGCACACACGCACAUGGAAAUCACGGGACAUAUCGAUGUAUGCUUGUGUGGUGUGUGUCCCGUCCGCCCUCCACAGACGUCAAGCCCGACAACAUUUGCUUGGACACCAAAGGCCACCUGAAGCUGCUCGACUUCGGACUUGCAAAGGACACACAGGCAGGCCAUAUCGUCCAUCCAUCCAUCCCACCCCCCCACCCCCUGCUGUAUGUGUCUUUUUCCGUGUCUUGUCUGUCUGCAGGAUUGGUCGUCGCGGGUGAGGCGCCUCUUCGAGGCGGGACGACGCAGCCUCAAGGAACACCAAGGCAAGACACACAGACGGACCGACCGACAGCAUUGGACAAGAUGCACACAGGCAUACUGUGCCGAUGUGCACAUGCAGAGCGAUCCGUUGCCGACGUGGCGGCGAACGGCCUGGGGUCAAGCCAGGAUGGCCCCACUGCUGGCGAUGUCGACGGCAAACACGAGACGCAGACACAGAUGCAGACACCGACACAGACGACGACGUCCCGCCCGUCGCAUCUGAGCAGGGAGCAGAUGGCCUCCAUGGUCGGCACUUGGGAUUACAUGGUGUGUAUGUGUGUAACCGCACACACACACACACACAUACGGAGACACAAGAUCUCCCUCCCUUCGUGUCUUAUUCCUUGCUGACUGAUCCAUCCGCCAUCACAUGUAUGUCAGGCCCCGGAGUUGUUUCAGCGUCAGCCCUACGGUUUUGACGUCGACUGGUGGGCGGUAAGUUAAGUUAGCUGACUGAAGCACACACACGAAUACACAAAUUGCAGAACGGAGAGGAAUGUCGUUCGUUCGUUCGUUCAGGUGGGUGUGAUAAUGUACGAAAUGCUGUACGGCGGGCCGCCCUUCGCCGACCCCCAACACAAUCCAGAGACCACGGCACAGAGGGUGCCCCAGUAAGUGGGAGGAAAUUGACAUUGACGUCCUGUUCAUCCAGCUAGCUGCUGCCAUUUGAACCUGCGGUGCAGGUGGCAGAAGCAUUUGGAGUUCCACGCGACACCCGCCAUUUCUGCGGACGCCAUAGGCCUAAUGAAGAAGUGAGGCAGACACACAGCACGCACACACACACACACACAGACAGAGAGAGAGAGUGUUGGGGAUGGAUGGAUGGAUGUGCGUCGAUGUACCUACCAGGUUGCUGUGUGACUCGAAGGACCGGCUCAAGACGGCCGCAGAGAUCCGCACGCACCCCUUCUUCAAAGGCAUCGACUUCAGCAGCCUGAGGCAACAGAACCCGCCCUUCGUGCCUCAGCUGAGCGGCCCCCUGGACACCAGCUACUUCCCCGUCAUCGACACGAAAGAGGCCGAGCAGAGGGUAAGUGCGGAAGGACACAAGAGGGAGGCACCCACCUGCGCCCCCACGGCCAUCUCUUUUGCCCGUCAGUUCCAGCGCAACCAGUUUGUCUUCCCCAAACACGACCCAACUCGCCUUCUAGCGGUCAGUCAGUAACCACACACCCAUUGCCCACUGACAUUUCUGCACGUCCCUUCUCUCUCUCUCUAUCUCCCUCGUACUCCUGCAGCGUUUGACGAUCCGUGACGACGACUGGCACUACUCUGACCGGACGGCGUCCAAGCACCUCCUGCACAACCCCCAGCUGUCAUACGGCCUCCUCAAGGAGCACAUCAACAGCAAGAAGGCCAGGCAGGAGCAGCAGCAGCGAAAACAAGUGUCGGCCAAUCAGGGUGGCGAGGGCCGACGAGAGGGGGAGGGGGAGAAGGAGAAAGAGGAGGAGGACAAUGAUAUAGUGAUUGUGGAGAGGGAGGACCACGGCGCCGCAUCCCCCGCGACUCCCAAUCUCAUCCCUGGUGGGUGAAAGCGCUACACGCCCAGCCAAGCAGACUUUUCUCAUCGCUUUCUGUCUGCCCGUUCAGCCAUCUCCGCCGUUGCCCCCGCCCCCGCCCUCGCCCCCCUCUCAUCAGUAGAGGAGCGCACCGAGCCCACACUCACAGACCAGGCCGCACUCGCCUCGCCGACAGCCGCAGACACCCCCAAGCAUGGAGGCAGGUCGCCCACGUCUCGCGGCGCCAUGUCGGCCCUCCUGCGGCCGUUCACUCUACUGUUUCGCAAGCAAAGCGGUGCAGCCAAAGGGGCCAGGAGGGUGGGGGGAAGGGCCGAGGGUGAUAGGAAUGAGGCGACGGGCGGUAGAGAAGGGGAGGGGCCGACACAUCAGCGGUGUGAGGAGGUGACGGAGACGCCAGAUGCACAGCAGCCGAUGGAGAGCGGCGCGCAACGACAGCUGACCGAGGGCACUCCCAACACUGGUAUGUCUACAUACGUGUCAGAAGGACAACCACACCACCGGUGACGCAUGGCAUGUUUGCCGUCUGUCUGUUUGUCUGUUUGUCUGUCUGUCUGUCUGUUCAGACAUACCCAUCUCCUCCAUCGAGGUGCCCACCCUCCCCUCCUCAUCUCCCUCUGCCUCUGCGUCUCCGUCGGCAUUUGCAUUUCCAUCCGAUAGCAGCCCCACUGCCGCCAGCGCCAGCCCCAGCCCCAGCCCCGGCGGCUCCCCCAUCAGCCCCCUCCCUCACGGCAUCACACUCUCUCACGCCGAAGUCAUGAAGGCCGUCCGCUCAAAGGACACACCCACGGCAGCCUUCAUCGACAAGCCGUCCAAAGAAGAGAGUGCGGCUGACGAUGCAUCUGCCGACCCUCAGCAGCAGGGGCAGGGACAGCAGCAUGAGGCCGGUGGUGGUGCGGACGAGGCACACGCAGAUCACGAGCAAGAGCAGCCGAACGAUGCCGGGCGGCAGGAUGAGCCGGAGGUAGAGGGGUCCAAGGGGAAGCAGAAGGGCCGGCAGAGGGAGAAGGGUGCGGCCUUCUUAGAGUGGCUAAGCCACAUGCAGCUGUGGACGGGCCCUGCUGCCCCGGGGGUGGGCGGCCGGGCUCGUGGGAUGGGACACGUCCAUGAAAUGCAGUGAGUGAGGGGUGGAUGGAUGGAUGCAUGGACC